AUGGAAGAAGUAAAAGUGUGCAGAAUAUGCCUUGCGACAGACGUAAAAAUGCAUAAUUUACUUAUUUAUCCUCUAGCUGUAUGCUAUGAAGUUUUAAUUGGAAAUUAUAGCAAAUUGGCAGAUUUACCAAUAUUUGCUUGUUAUGAAUGUGCCGCUCAUCUGAAGAAAAUCUACGAUUUUAGAGAGAAAUGUCUUAAAGGGCAUAGUGCUUUAUGUGAUUUAAUUCUCUCUUAUGGAAAGAUCAAUACUAAUGUUAUUGAGCAAGUCAAUAGAAAAGAUCUACAACUAUGUUCAAAAAUUAGUUGUGACAUAGUAACAUGUAUAGAUUAUACAAGUGAAUCCGACAAACAGAUAGAAAAUGAAAUUAUUAAAGCCGAGCCAUUUGAACCAGUUAACAGUGAUGUAUUUUUUGAUGAUGUAGAUAUAAUAAAAGAGGAGUAUAGUUUUAAUGAUGUCUCCAUGAUUUCAAGUGACGAUGAACCUCUCUCAUUACAUAAGGAAAAAAAGAAAAAGACAGAAGUGAAAAAAAGUAGAAAAAAAAAGAUAGCCAAAGACUCCAUUGAAAGUAUACCAAUAGAAGAUGAUAAACCAACAAAAUCAAACCUGCUUAUGGAAGAUGUGAAAGAUGAAGUGAAACCAAAACGCGGAAGGCCUCGAAAGACUGCUGUAGCUAAAGUAAAUGAGGAACCCAAACAGCGUCGCACGAACAACACAGGAGGAGUUGUGGACGACGAUCAUCAUAUUGAGGACUAUUGCACUAUUAUAACACUAACGGAGGAACAACAAAAAGAAGAGGUAAUACAAAGGAAGCAGUCAUCGAACUAUCUAAACGCAAUAUACCAAUGUAACAUAUGCUACAAGGGCUUCAUAGACAGCAGAGCGUGGGACCAUCACGUAGGGAAACAUGAUCCUAAAGCAGGCGACGCGGAGUGCCCCAUAUGUAAGUUUCGUUUCAGAACUAAGAGGAUGUUACAAAAACACAUCACGAAUCACGAAAAGAAAUACGCUUGUAAAGCGUGUCCGUAUGUGUCUAAAACUCCAACUCAAGCGAAACAGCAUCAGCGUUGGCAUAAAGGCGUCACGUAUAAGUGUCAGCAUUGCGACGAAAUAUUAACCAAAUGGACGUCGUACCUGAGCCACGUGCGCAUCAAGCACCCGUCGGAGUUCAUCUGCGCCGUGUGCGGCUACUCCUUUGUGAGCGCGCUCGGCCUCGCCAUGCACCGCUCCAUGAUGCACAAGGACCACGCCAACAAAGCGGAAACAGAAGAAAAUAAAGAGGAGUCGCCAUACUGCGCGCAGUGCGACGUGAAGUUCGUCUCAGUGGAGGCGUACAAACGCCACAUGGUCAUGUCCGUGAAGCACACGCAGAGCACGAACUUCAACAACGGGUGCCGCGUGUGCGGCGAGCAGUUCGGCGACGCGGAGGCGCUGCGGCUGCACCACCGCCGCGCGCACGCGCGCCGCCGCCCGCGCAACUACGGCAAGAAGCCCGGCGCGCGCUGGCCCGCCACCUGCGAACACUGCACAGAGGAGAUCCCGAGCGCGCGCGAGUACUGGAACCACUUCCGGCGCGCGCACCCCGACAAGAGCUACCCGCUGCCCAAGAACCACAUCUGCGACGUCUGCGGGAAGGGCUUUAGGGGCAACGCGUUCCUCGUGUACCACAAGCGCACGCACUCCGCGGAGCGCGCGUACGCGUGCGCGCAGUGCCCCAAGGCCUUCCACAACCGCACCAACCUGCACAUGCACGAGCGCACGCACUCCGACGUGCGCCCGCACGCCUGCCACCUCUGCGCCAAGGCCUUCAAGUGCAAGGGCGCGCUCAACAGGCACUUCAGGAGCCACACCGGCGUGAAGCCGUACGCGUGCGAGGUGUGCGGCAAGGCCUUCGCGCAGUCCAACAGCCGCAAGCUGCACGUGCGCACCGUGCACCUCAAGCAGCCCUCGCCCUACAUCAGCAAGGCGCGCCUCGAGCGCCGCAACAAGGCGCACAAGGAACUACACCAAACACCGCACUUCAUGUAU